AUGGCAGACAGUGUUCCAAUUGCAACAUACGUUAUGGUCAUAUUUUUUAUAUAUGUAAGCCAUUUUAUGUCCACCUCAGGAAAGCCAAAGUCAUGGACAAAUUUGUUAUCACCCAAGCUUCAAAAUAUCCAUCUUGCAGAUAGGCUGAGUGAUGAUCCUAUUGCCAUUAAAUUAGCCUCAACCGACUUCGGAAAUAUUGUUAAAGAGAUCCCAGCUGCAGUUCUUUAUCCAUCUUCCAACAAUGAUAUUGCAAGCUUAAUCAAAUUUUCACACAGUAGUUCUCCUCCAUUUCAGAUAGCUGCAAGAGGCCAAGGCCAUUCCAUCAGUGGACAAGCAAUGGCUCGAGAUGGGGUUGUGGUGAACAUGAAAUCCUUGAGAAACCAUAGAAAUGGGAAUGGAGUUAAGGUGUCAUCUGCAGCAUCAUCGUCAAUGGGUUGGUAUGCAGAUGUUGGGGGAGAGCAGCUUUGGGCAGAUGUAUUGAAUGCCACACUAGAACAUGGAUUUGCACCGGUAUCUUGGACAGACUAUUUGUACCUAACAGUUGGGGGGACACUUUCCAAUGCGGGGAUUAGUGGACAAACCUUCCGGUACGGUCCUCAGAUUAGCAAUGUCUAUGAAAUGGAUGUCAUCACUGGGAAAGGAGAUUUCGUAACUUGUUCCCCAGAAAAGAAUACGGAGCUCUUUUAUGCGGUUCUUGGAGGUUUAGGGCAGUUUGGGAUUAUUGUCAGAGCGAGAAUUCCCCUAGAGCCAGCACCAAAGAGGGUCAAAUGGGUUCGAAUGCUUUACAAUGAUUUCUCUGCAUUUACAAGAGACCAAGAGCAUUUGAUCUCGAUCAAUGGAAGGCAACAAAAGAACGCAGUCGAUUAUUUGGAAGGUUCACUUCUCAUGAGCGAAGGUCCUCAUCCAAAUAAUUGGAGAUCAUCCUUUUUUUCACUAUCGGAUCACUCCAAAAUCAUUUCCUUGCUAACCAAAUACGGCAUCCUUUACUGUCUUGAAGUAGUCAAAUUUUAUGAUGAUCACACUCUUGCCUCCAUGGAAAUGGAAGUCCAAGUUUUGUUGGAAGAAUUGAGCUUCAUCCCAGGACUUGUGUAUGAGAAAGACGUCUUGUACGUGGAUUUUCUGAAUAGAGUUCGAAGUGGAGAGAUAAAGCUGCAGUCACAAGGACUAUGGGAUGUUCCUCAUCCGUGGUUAAAUCUCUUCGUGCCGAAGUCGCGUAUCUCAGAUUUCAAUUACGGAGUUUUCAACGACAUUAUUCUUAAACGUAACAUUACCACAGGACCUAUCCUUGUUUAUCCCAUGAAUCGGAGCAAGUGGGAUGAUAGGAUGUCUGCAAUUAUACCCGAUGAAGAAGUUUUCUACACCAUCGGAUUUUUGCAUUCAAGUGGGUUUGACGACUGGGGAGCCAUCGACGUACAGAACAAAGCCAUCCUGCAGUUUUGCUAUGACUCGGGUAUUGAGGUUAAGCAGUAUCUUCCCAAUUACAAGACGAGAGAAGAAUGGAAAUACCAUUUUGGUAUCAAAUGGAGGACAUUUCAAGAGAGAAAGAAUCAGUUUGAUCCCAAAAUCAUACUAUCUCCAGGACACAGGAUUUUCACUAACGAUUAA